AUGCAAUUGAAAUUUUUUCUUCGUUUAACGAAACUCUUUGGUAGCCCUCUUACAACCCUCUUCGGAUCCAAGAACGAAAAAAUCGCUUUGAAGACCUUGUUUCUGCCUUGUUUCAAUGUAGAUAUCCGGGUUCAACGAAUACCACAAAUCGAGUACCACACCAAUCGAGUAGAUGAGGCAAUGAAAUUGCUGGUUAAGAGGCUUGUUAGAGUCUAUGAGUACUCUCAAGUCUCUCUUGACUCUCUCAGCUUUGUUGUAUCUUGUUUCAGUAUACCUUUUGUCUCAAUUUUCGUAUCGUUGUUCACCUCCUUGAAAGCUUCUUCCUCACUGAAAAGUUGUAAGCCAACACAAUUCUCAGCACUCCUUUAUAUAUAUAACACACGGGGUUGCCACCCAAUAUUUUAA